GCAAACAAAUCAACCCCCCAUUUCUCUCUCUCUCUCUCUCUAAAACCCCCCAUUUUCUCUCUCUAAAAACCCCAAAUUCGGUCAUCUUUGGAUCAAUUUCUGUGGUCGUUUGUUUGGGAAUAGAAAAGGGUAUUUGCAGAAUUUGAUGUAUCAGAAACAAUCCAACACCAACACUUCUCUUUUCAGAGAAUCCAUUAAAGCCCUUGAAGCUGAUAUCCGCCAUGCCAAUACCCUAGCGUCUACCCUACCUCCGGACGAUGGAGGGGAUUCCGUGCAAAUGAAAUUAUCGUACAGUACUUUUGCUCCGUUCUUGCUCUACUUGAUUGACUGGAUGGACUAUAGCUGUACCGAUUCACUUCCAAGUUAUCUUGGCCUUCUUCAUAUACUCGUAUACAAGGUUUACGUGGAUGGUAUUCAAACGAUGUCGAUUCAAGAAAGAAAAGCCACCCUUAGAGAAUUCUAUGCUGUUAUAUACCCUUCGCUUAAACAACUCGAGGGCUAUUUGAUUGAAUUGAGAGAAGAUGACGAUAACAAGAAAAUAUCGUGUGAAGAGGUCGAUAGAGAUGAUGAAUGUGGGAUUUGUAUGGAAACUUGCGAUAAAAUGGCGUUGCCAAACUGUGGCCACUCGAUUUGCAUAGGGUGCUUCCGCGACUGGAACACGAGGUCUAAGUCAUGCCCAUUUUGUCGUGGAAGCUUAAAGAAGGUGCAGUCGGGAGACUUAUGGGUUCUAACCAGUGAAAGCGAUUCGGUGGACUUGAUUACGCUAGCGAAAGAGAAUCUAAGGUGCUUCUAUCUUUACAUCGAGAGCUUGCCGUUUGUCGUUCCAGACACUCAUUUCUUGCUUUAUGAAUAUCUGAUCUAAACGAGUUCCAAAAAGGUAGAGCAUGUUCUAUGCCGAUUGUGGCAUAAUUGUGCACAUACCCUGCUUCCGAAUGGGAUUUAAUGGGUCCGUUUGGUUUAUUCUGGUAUAGUUGUAUGUAUAUAGUGAUCUAUAUGUAACUUAAGCAUCAUUCGGCUCGGCCUUUUUUUGGGAUCCCGAGUGAUGUUAUGGAAAUGGCGAAAAGUUACGCUUUCUA